AUUUUCCUUUUACUUUUUUUAGAUAAAAAAGUAUGAAAGAAAAUAUAAUUCUUAUUGAACCCAUAGAUUUAUAUAAUCUUCUUAAUCAAACAAACUUAGGUAAACCAUGCAUAACAAACGAGUGUUAUCUAUUAUUGUUUGAUGUACGCAAGCAAGAAGAAUAUUUGGAAAGUCAUAUUGUCCAAGCUCGUCAUGUGCCAUUUGUCAAAGAAAAAGGAUAUAUUUUCCCUCAACAUGUGGACUACAGUGCAAUUGAAAAUAUUGUUGUAAUGGAUAGAAGAGCAACAUCAGUUAGGGAGGUAUCAAGUCCAAGUGUUAUUUGUGCACAGCUUGUCUGGGGAAUGGGAAGCAAGUAUCCUGUCCAAGUUGUUAAAGGUGGAUUUGAAGAUUUUAGUGCACUUUACCCAUUCUUGCGAUCCCAGAAGUUUCUUUACACUCAAAGGGAGAUAGAAUCGACUAUAGUUUAUCCAAUAGAAAUUAUACCUGUUUUUUUAUACAUGGGUGUCUCCAAGCAGGCUAGUAACAAAGCAAUUGCUAAAGAUUUGAAAAUUAAAGCACAUGUUAAUAUUACGGAAAAUGACGAUCCUCGCUUUACAGUAAAUGAUGUGAUUAAUGGACGAAACAAAGAAAUAGUUCCGCAACUUCUGAAUAUACCUGUAAAAGAUAACAUUGAAGUGGAUUUGCUAUCGCAAUUUACAGUCAUUUGCACGUUUAUUGAUCAGCACCGUAUGAAUGACAAGAGAGGCAUAUUAGUCUAUUCAGAGCUUGGUGUUAGUCGAUGUGUUACUAUCAUUCUUGCUUACCUGAUAAAUAAUGAAAAGAUCCCAUUAAAGGAAGCUGUCAAAAAAACAAGCAGAUGUCACAAGUUUAUAUGUCCAAAUCGGAAAUUUAUUGAAGAUUUAUUGCAAUGGGAGGAGAUUGUGUUAGGACAGAAAGUAACACAAAGAGAAGAGUUGGGAUUUCUUUCCUACGAGUAAAUUGAACACAAUAAGUUAUUAUGUUAAUAGCUCUUUUUUUAUUUUUAUUUAGUGACAUGUAUUCAGAAUUGAAGUUUAAUAUAUAUUUAUGUUGAAAAUUUUAUAAUUAGAUGAAUUAGCUCUGGCAUUUGGGAAUAAUUUGGUUUUUUGUGUUUCUUUAACAUCUAGUUUUUGCUGUGGAUGGUAAACAUGACCAUGACCUCCUCUUCUUCUUUUUCCAAGGUAGUGUUGUUGUUUUGCAGCAAAAAACAAAAACAUUACAACAAAAUUGUGCUAUUUACAGCCAAACCUGCUUUAAUGGUCACCUGCAUAAGACGGCCACUGUCAUAGGCGAUCACAUUUAUAGGUCCCCCACAAUGUGUUUUAUAGUAAUUUUCAACUCUAUCAGAAGGCCACUUGUCUAACGCGACCAGCGAUCACUAUCUUUCAUUUUCCAGACAUGUUAAUACCUGCCUAAGAUGACCAUAUCAUCAUGUUUAGGUUCACAAUUUCAAAAAUCCCCCAUUUUUUAUCACAAAAAGAAUACGUAGUAAAGUAUUUUCAUUUACAUUAUAUUUCACGUAUAACUUGAAGAUCACAAGGCUUGCAUAGUUUCAGAUAGUUUCUUGCACAAGUUGUGGUGAAGACUAAAAUGAAAAAACCUGUCUGAGACAGCCACAGAGGUGUUUUAAGACAACCUGCCUGAGUUUUGCCUUUUGCCUUCACCACAUUAGGUACUGCAACCCUUAGAAUUAUUAGGCUUAGUUUGAUAUCCAGAGUGACUAAGUUUGUUUUUGUAAAAUUGUUAAUAAGAAUGUGUAUAAGUUUAUUAAUAAUAUUUAUUACACUUAGUAUUGUAAAUAUCUGUCUAAAUUAAUGGUACAUUUUAAUUAUUUCUGUAAUUAACAAAACUGUUUAUUUUUGCUGAAUAAAUUAUUGUUAUUUA